AUGGUCCAGUUUGGUGAACAUUUGAAGAGGUCCUUAAUUAGGGAAUACUCUUAUUAUUAUAUAUCAUACGAUGAUUUGAAAAAUGAAUUGGAAGAAUGUUUAAACAGUAACCAUGGAGAAUGGAGUCAAUCCUUAGAAACCUCUUUUCUAGAAGACUUAGAAGUCGAAUUAGAUAAAGUUUGGAUGUUCAGUGAAGUUAAAAAACAAGAAGUCAAGAGAAGAAUUAAACAAGCUAAUCAAGAUGUUAAUCUAGCUGUUGAAUCUUUGGAUUCCAACACACCUUGUAGUGAAUUAGAUUUUGAGAUUUUAGAACAAGAAUUAAGUUCCAUUAUUGCAGAUGUUCAUGAUUUGGCCAAGUUUACCAGAUUAAAUUACAUCGGUUUCCAAAAAAUUAUCAAAAAACAUGACAAGAAAACUAAAUUUGUUUUAAAACCCGUCUUUCAAGUUAGAUUAGAUUCCAAACCAUUUUUUAAAGAAAACUAUGAUCCUUUGGUUGUUCAAAUUUCUCAGUUAUAUGAUCUGGUCAGAACUAGAGGUAAUCCAGUACUUGGUGAUUCUUCUGCUGGUGGUAAACAACAAAAUUUUGUUAGACAAACCACAAAAUACUGGAUCCAUCCAGAUAACAUUACGGAAUUAAAAUUGAUUGUCCUAAAGCAUUUGCCUGUUUUGGUUUUCAAUACCAAUAAAGAAUUUGAGGUCCAGGAUAGUGCCAUCACUUCCAUCUAUUACGAUAACGAAGAUAUGGAUCUAUACUAUGGUCGUUUAAGAAAAGACGAAGGUGCUGAAGCUCAUAGAUUAAGAUGGUAUGGUGGUAUGGGUAGCGAUACGAUUUUUGUGGAAAGAAAGACACAUCGUGAAGAUUGGACUGGUGAGAAGUCUGUCAAGGCAAGAUUCGCACUAAAGGAAAAGUAUAUCAAUGAUUUUAUGAAGGGUAACUACACUGUCGAACAGGCAUUUGUCAAGAUGCGCAAAGAAGGUAAGAAAUCCCCUCAAGAAAUUGAAAGUUUAGAAGCUUUGGCUACUGAAAUCCAAUAUACUGUUUUAAAAAAAAAACUAAGACCUGUUAUGAGAAGUUUUUACAACAGAACUGCUUUCCAAUUGCCAGGGGAUGCUAGAGUUCGUAUAUCUUUAGAUACAGAAUUAACUAUGGUCAGAGAAGAUAAUUUCGAUGGCUUUGAUAGAACUAAGGGUAAUUGGAGAAGAAUGGAUAUUGGUAUUGAUUGGCCAUUUAAACAAUUGGAUGACAAGGAUGUGGAAAGAUUCCCUUAUGCUGUCUUGGAAGUUAAGUUACAAACACAGAUGGGCCAAGAACCCCCAGAAUGGGUCCGUGAUUUAGUCAGAAGUCAUUUGGUUGAACCAGUUCCUAAAUUUUCCAAGUUUUUACACGGUUGUGCUAGUUUGUUGGGCGAUAAAGUGGAUAGUAUCCCAUAUUGGUUACCACAAAUGGGUGUUGAUAUUAAAAAACCACCCAUCAAUUCGUCUAUCAACAUCAAAAGACCAGGUGGCACUAAUCGUGGAGAUGAUGACGAUGAUGAUGAUGAUUAUGAUGGUGAUUAUGCGUACGAUUAUAGUCCAGAUGAUUAUGAUGCAUACUACGGCCCAAGUGCUACUGGUCCAGAUGGUUUACCAACGAGUAACGUUCAGGAUAUAGAAGAGCGUGGCACGUACGGUGCUAUUGCUAAUCACACUCCUCCAUCAGCUACCGGAGUUUCCGUGGUGCAAGGAGAGUCGCCAAAUUCCUCGUAUAUUAAACAAAAAAUCAGACAGGCUUCCAACCCAGUUUCCAGAUUGUUUUACAUAAUAUACAAAAAUUUUGAUCAUUAUCUUAACGGUGAUCAAAUCAGUAAAGUUCCUGUAGGAACUGUUUUUGACACUCAAGUUCAGGCACCACCAGGUAAGACCAUUUGCGUCCCAGUUCGUGUUGAACCAAAGGUGUAUUUUGCUACUGAAAGAACAUUUUUAUCCUGGUUAAGUAUUGCUUUAAUUAUUGGUGCUAUUUCCACCACUAUGUUAACUUAUGGUACUGAAACUACAAUGGUUGCUUCUAUCGGGUUCUUUUUUACUGCAUUGGCUGUUAUUUUGUACUCCGCUUUUGUUUAUUGUACAAGAGUGGUUAACAUCAGAUUAAAGAGAGCUGUUGAUUAUGAAGAUAAGUUUGGACCUCGUUUAGUUUGUGGUUGUUUGGUUAUUAGUAUAUUAUUUUCAUACUUCUGUAACUUGGUUUAA